GCCCGGUCCCAGACAACAUGAAUGCUCUUCCGGAGGGAAUUUCCUUCCCAGUGUCAUCCCUGGAAGCAAUGGAAGCCUUGGAGGAGCUACUUCAGGACGCCAACAAUGCAACAGCUGUGGCGAGAUACAUGUAUACCAUUGGUGGGGUAGAUAUAAGAGAGAUGGUUGACAGAUUUAUGAAGGAGACGCUCACCAACAAUGUUGCAAAAAUGUACAACAUGAAGGGGUUGAAGGGCAAACAGAAGUUCGGAGACUUGUCACUGCUGAAAAUCCUGUUCCGAUGUGUCCAGAGGAACCCAGCCACCCGUCAAUCGACAUUGAAGGACGUUGAACUGGAAGUUUCCAAAUGGUUGACAGGUUCAAGAGACCGUGAUGGGGGGAGGACAAACCGGAGAAAGAGACCAACGCAAGGAAAUUCUUCAGACAAUGCUGAGGAAAACUGAAAUUGUUUUUGAACUUUAUAAAAGCAUGCCUCAAAACAUUUUGUUUGUAGGGACCUCGUGUUUGAAAUGUGAGUUCAACCAGUUGCUAGUAUGUAUGUUGCACCAACACUGUUUAUAGGUCGUAUGGGGCCGAACAGGACUGCAAAUGUUGGAAUUAAAAAUUCCAGUCCUGUUUGGGGCCAUUUGACCUAUAAACAGUGUUGGUGCUACAUAAAACCCAACCAAUAAGUGAUCUUAUAUUGUCGUUUAAAAUUCUUGUAAAGUUUUACAUAGCGACUGGUUGUACUCACAGUAGGUUUUUCUUAUUAAUUAGUAUAAAACUUACAAUGUCAAGGCAAUUUUUGAAAUAUUCAAUUAGAUAUUUUUGUAGUUAUUAAUGUAAAUUGGCACCUCCACAAUUUCAUUUCUUAUUAACACAUGUUACUCCACCAUCUGUACCAAAACAAUAAGUUUUGGAAGCAUUUAAACAGUGCUUUUGAUAUGCAUGUUGCAAAAAUCUGGCCAAGCAGAGGUGUGCAAAUAAACAAACUCGCAUUAUUUCUUUUCAUAAAUGUGACUUUAUUGUUUGGUCCGUCCUUAUUUGUAUUUGCUGCCAUCAUGAGAUUCGUUGCUCUUUAUAUUUUUUUUUAAUCCUUUAAUUGUUAGAAUGUUUCUGUAUUAUCAGGGCUCUCACUGGGUCAAAAAAAGUUUUAGCCAAUUGACUCGCGCUGAAAAUCACGGGGUUGCUAGAAAUACCAUAGUCAUCAGCUUCCCAACCUGAUAACCCCCAAAAAUAGUACAAUUCUUCAAGUUAUGAUUUUUUGAAUAUAUACUAGAGGCAAUAUUUAAGAUUUCAUGUUUUUAUUUGUUUUCACAAAAGCUAUUUAUUUCAUCAUAAUAAAUAAUACAGCUCUAAUUUAUUCUUAAAGACGACCAUGCAAAAUCAUGUGUGAUAUAUAUAUUUAAAUAUGAAAAUUACAACAUUUGUAUCUACAAAAUCAGUUUCAUAAGUAUGUACUGACAGAGUCAUUUAAACUUAAUAAUUAAUAUAAUAUUUCAAAUCUUGCAGACUCAACUUAAUCUUAAACAAGGAACAAUCCAUGAUGUCUGAUCAUAUCACUGUGUAUACAGUAAGCAUCAUUUUGACCCCCUAAUUACACAGGUUUAAACAAAUCUACAUAUUGAUUUAUAGCCCCAAUUUUAAACAUGCUGUAACUAGACAUUCAUUUACUUGAAUUAGUAGAAACUGGUUAAGAUAUAUAGAUUUUAAAAUUAAUUUAUUUUUAUAUGGAAAGUCAUACAUUUUAGACACUUUAGCCAAUUCCAUCAUUUUUUGUAGCCAAUUUUUAGUCUUUGUAGCCAAUGGAGCCAUUGGCGAAUGGCAGUGGGAGCCCUGAUUAUCUAGCCAAUCAUUUAUUUGUUACCAUUUAUUUGUUAGAGAAUUUUUCUGUAUUAUCUAGUCAAUUAUUUAUUUGUUAAAAUCUGUAUAAUCUAGUCUACGUAGUUUUUCAAGCUCACAUUGAGCAUCCAUCGGUUCUAUCGACAUUUUGUUGUUGAUCAUGUACGUUUCUGUAUUCUUUCAUCCAACAUGCGAUCUGGAAUUCUACAUCUUGUGUCCACAUAAACUGAUUCAAAAUUUGGCUAUUGUAAAUAUUUGUCCAUUGUUUUUGUUUUGUUGCUUUUUGCAAACAAUGAUGAGCUGUUUUAUUUUAUUUACUCCUGCAUUGUUUGAUAAAGAAUAUCUUAUACCAAUUGUAUACACCCAAAAAGGGACCUUGUGGGUGGAUUUAUGACAUACCUGUUUCUUAAAAUCAUAUAAGAAUAGUGCCUGUUCUGUGGUUAAAACAUUUACUUUCAACAACUUCAACCAUUAUGACAGAGAAUUACAAAAAACAUCCUAUAUAUGAAGGCAAUGUAGAAAAUACAAUGACGUCAAAAUGACAACAAACUUAGCGAGUUCAUUUAUCGCAAUGGCGUUCAUCCAUAAGGUCCCCUUUUGCGUGGUGAAACACAUUUUCAUUUUUCUGUUUUUUAAUACCUUUUAACUUUGUUAAUGCAUUUUUACAUGUUUUUUAUGCAGUCGUAUACCUAAUCUAGUCAGAUAAUUUGAAUAAAUUGGCAGGGAUUGAAACCUUU